AUGCAGAACUCAAAAACCAGUAGGAAUGGCUCUUCAGAUGCUCCGCAGAGGACGUCUCCAGCAACACCGCGGUCGUCUCGUGUGGCGAAAACCGGAGGGAACGAAACUGACUCUGCAGGGAUCACACCAACAAGGACACCUACAGACAGGAGCCCAAAGGUCAUUGAGCGCCGUUCACCACGGAGCCCAGUUACUGAGAAGAAGCGCCCAAGUAGGCUAACUGAGCUGGACUCUAAGGUCAACCAGCUCCAAGAUGAGCUCAAGAAGACCAAGGAACAACUGAACGCAUCAGAGGCACGAAGGCGCCAAGCACAGCAGGAGGCUGAUGAAGCAAAGAAGCAGGGGCAGGAUGCAUCGUCGAAACUGGAAGAGUCCCAGUGCCAGCUUAUCGAGCUCUCAGCAGCAGAGGAAUCCCGUCUCCAGGAGCUGCGCAAGAUCCAACAGGAGCGUGACCGCACCUGGCAGGCCGAGCUUGAGGCAUUGCAGAAACAGCAGUCAGUGGAUGCCGCUGCACUCAGCUCGGCCUUGUCUGAGAUCCAGAGGCUGAAGUUGCAGCUGGAGGCGACGGUGCAAUCGGAUACAGCCCGUGCCAAGCAAUGUGAGCAUGCAGACUCUGAGCUCGAGGGGCUGAAGCAGGAGAUGGAGCUCAGGCUUGCAACGAUUGAAGGCCUGAAAGUAAAUGUCAGUGAAAGUGACAAGGCUGCAGCUGAUGCGAAUGCCAUGUCAACUGAGGCCAAGCUGCAGCUUGAGACCGCAAAGGCCACCAUUGACACACUCCUAGCUGAGGGUGCCCGGUUGCAGGAAUGCCUGAGGUCAAAGGACAUCGAGCUCAGUGAGUCUAAAGCUCGGGAAGCAUCGCUCAAGGAAGAUCUGAAGAAAGCUCAGGCUGCAGGUAAUGAAAUUCUGAAUGAGGCACAGGCAGGCAAUGCCAAUGGUGGCUUUGGCAGUCCGUUGACUGAAGUUGUGAAAAAGAGCGCGCAUCCUAUCAGUGACGUCAAUGGAAGCUGUGGAAGUCCUGACCCCGAGAUUGAGCACUUGAGGAUGGCGCUUGAGGUGGCUGAGAUGAGGUACCAGGAGGAGCAAACUCGGAUGGCCUUCGAGACAAAGACGGUUUAUGAGAUGCUGGAGAAUGUCAAGUCUGAGUGCACGCGCCAAGUGUGUGAUAUCGAGCUCAAGCUGAAGAGCAAGACUGACGAGCUCAUGGCAGCGCAGGCAGCACUGACAGGCAAGGCGCAGGAGGAUGUUCACAGGUCAGAUGGGCUGAGUGAAAUGCAGCCAGAGUUGGAGGCGAAGCUGAUGAAGUCCAUCACCGACAUCGCGGAGCUCAAGGCGAACCUGAUGGACAAGGAGAAUGCGCUGCAGAGCCUGGCGGAGGAGAACGAGACCCUCAAGUCGGAGGCGGGCAGGAAGGAGGCCGACGUGCAGCAGCGGUACGAGGCGGCGGUGGCGGAGCUGGAGCUGGCCAAGGCGGCGGAGCAGGACCGGCGUGCUGCGGAGGAUGAGCGGGCUGUGGAAGAAGGGGCCCAAGUGAACAAGCCCAUGAGACCGUUCAACAGACGAGAGUUACCAAGGCCGAAGCCUCCUACCAAGUGGGAGCAGUUCGCAAAGUCGAAAGGGAUUAUCAAGCACAAGAAGAACAAGCGUGCAUGGGACGAGCAAACUAAUUCCUGGAAGCGGACUUAUGGCUAUGAUCGUGUUAAUGAUGACAGAGACGUUCCCAUCAUUGAAGCCAAAUUGACAGAUGAGCCUGGUGUUGAUCCUUUUGCUCAAAGAAGGGAAGAGAAGAAGGGCAGGGUAGAUAAACAAGAAAAGAACAGACUUGGAAAUUUGAAGAAUGCUGCAAAAGUUGGUGCUCUGCCAAGCCAUAUACAGCUUGCUGCCACGUCCGUGCCCAUCACAGGAACUAAAGCUGAUCUGCCUAGAAAAGCUAAGAAGGAAGACCUCGAGAAUGUUGCUGGUAUGGCUUCGGCGGCAACAGCUAGCGGUGGAAAGUUCGACAAAAAGUUGCCUGGCGAGAAACCUCUCAAGAAAGCUGGCAAAAACAGAAAGUUCCUCCCUGUCGUUGAAGGGAAAGGAAUGGGCAACCUGGAGAAACAGCAAAACGACAAGAUCCUGAACAGUCUACUGGCCAAGAACUUCGAGGAGCCGUUGGAUGUCAGCAAUCACGAUGUACAAGGUGAAGAAGGACAACAAGAGGAGGAAAGACAAGCAAUCAUCGUCAUCCGGAUCGAAUAA